AUACCUACACUCAACUACAGAUAUUUUACAUCUUGAUGCCGUUAUUUAGUUUGUCAUUUUACCUUGGGAAUGUAAUGACAGCGAUCUCAAUCAAGCAGCGCCCGUCUGUCCACAGGGACCUAGAAUGGACAAGGCUCGUCAGAUUUGCCAAAAGCAGCACAAGUGAAUGAAGACGCAAGCCUACCUUCUCAGGACAUGGAUUCAGAGUGCCCAGGGGAAAACCGGAACCGAAACAGACCACUGGGGAGCCAGUGUCAGUUUUCGUGUUUGAGGUGUCACCUGGGGUGGAGGAGCAGACCCAGCUGGCCAAGGCGGCGUUCAAGCGCAUGAAGACCCUGAGACACCCCAACAUCCUGGCCUAUGUAGAUGGGCUGGAGGCAGAGAAAUGCCUGUAUCUGGUCACUGAGCCCGUGACCCCCCUCACUGCACACCUGAAGACCCAAGCAGAGCGGGGCGGCUCUGGGGAGUUGGAGGUCUCCUGGGGUCUGCACCAGAUUGUGAAAGCAUUGAGCUUCCUGGUGAACGACUGCCACCUCCUCCACAACAACUUGGGCAUGUGGGCUGUGUUCGUGGACCGUGCUGGCGAAUGGAAACUCGGGGGGCUGGACCAUGUGACAUCCUCGCAGGGGGACUCCUCCGCCUCACCGCCCCCGCGGAGGGUCAGCCCCGACAUGGAGAAAUAUGACCCCCCUGAGGGCGUUGGCGGGAAGACGACCGGGGAGAAAUGGUCCGGUGACGUGUGGCGGCUGGGCUGCCUCAUCUGGGAGGUGUUUAACGGACCCCUGCCCCGCGCUUCCUCCCUCCGCUCGCUGGGCAAGAUUCCAAAGCUGCUGGUGCCCCACUACUGUGAGCUGGUGGGGGCGAACCCUAAGGCCCGGCCCAACCCAGCCCGCUUCCUGCAGAACUGCCGUGCUCCGGGCGGCUUCCUCAGCAACAGCUUCGUGGAGAGCAACCUCUUCCUGGAGGAGAUCCAGAUCAAAGACCCUGCAGAGAAGCAACAGUUCUUCCAGGACCUGAGUGAGAACCUGGACUCCUUCCCUGAGGAUUUCUGCCGACACAAGGUGCUGCCGCAGCUGCUGACUGCCUUUGAGUUUGGCAACGCUGGUGCUGUGGUACUCACACCACUCUUCAAGGUGGGGAAAUUUCUCAGCCCUGAGGAGUACCAGCAAAAGAUCAUCCCAGUGAUUGUGAAGAUGUUCUCCUCCACUGACCGUGCCAUGCGGAUCAGACUGCUGCAGCAGAUGGAGCAGUUCAUCCAGUAUCUGAACGAGGCCGCGGUGAACUCGCAGAUAUUUCCACAUGUUGUUCACGGCUUCACGGAUACCAACCCUGCCAUUCGGGAGCAGACUGUGAAGUCCAUGCUCCUGCUGGCCCCCAAGCUGAACGAGACCAACCUGAACCAGGAGCUGAUGCGCCACUUCGCCCGCCUGCAGGCGCGAGAUGACCAGGGCCCCAUCCGCUGCAACACCACCGUCUGCCUGGGCAAGAUCGCCCCCUACCUCAAUGCCGGGACCCGGCAGCGUGUUCUGAUCUCAGCGUUCUCUCGGGCCACAAAGGACCCCUUCCCUGCCUCGCGGGCUGCGGGGGUCCUGGGUUUUGCUGCCACACACAACUACUACAGCAUGGCGGAGAGUGCGGCACGGGUCCUGCCCACUCUCUGCACCCUGACCGUGGACCCCGACAAGAGCGUGCGCGACCAGGCAUUUAAAGCCAUCAAGAGUUUCCUGACAAAGCUGGAGACCAUCUCUGAAGACCCCUCCAAGCUGGCGGAAAUAGAGAAGGACGUCACAUCCUCGGCACAGUCACCAGGGGCAGCGGCCUCCGCGGCCAGCUGGGCAGGGUGGGCCGUCACGGGUGUCUCCUCCCUCACCUCCAAACUCAUCCGGACUGCCCCGGGGGGCCCUGAGGGGAGCUCCUCUGAAAACGUGCCUUCCGCCCCUCCAAGUGUUGCGGGUCCCAUGCCUGACAGCAGCACAACAGACUCUGAGAGAAAGGCAGAUGGUGCUAGCUCCCACCCCGCUCCCUCUGCUCCCAGCAGCCAAUGGAAUGCCUCCGAGAGAGAGGAGGAAGUGGACGAGGCUGCUGGAGACCGCUGGGAUGAUGAAGACUGGGGGAGUCUGGAGGAACAGGAGCACACCAAAGUGCAGACAGACCCUGAUGACUGGAAUUCCUCUGACUGGUCAGCAGUGUCAUCUGUCAAAAAGAAGGCCAAUGAUAAACGAGUAGGGAGGACUUCAUCUGAAGCAGUAAAGAAGCAGAGCUCUGAUUGGAGCAGCUCAGGGUGGGAUGCAGAUGACAGUUGGUCCAAUGAGAAGGAGGUGGAUGGUCAGGGUCAAAGUUCGCCUGGGGAUGAAGGGUGGGGCAAUGACUGGGAGGAAGACAGCGACAUUGGGGACAGUUUUCCCACUUCUCAGAAGGAAACAGUGAAAUCUACCACAAAAAGCCAACCUGCUGUCCCUGCAGCCAUGCCAGAGGGGACACGCCUCACCAGCGAGUAUAACUGGGACAGCUCCGGUGCCAGGGGUUCACAGAGUGACUUCUUCUCAGGGAUAUCGCAGAGAGCACCCUCUGCUGCCAUGAAGAGUGACGAAGGUUGGGGGGCAGAUCCAUCAGGGGACUGGGGAACGGAGGAGAACUGGGAGUCACUGGACAGUGAUCAGGGCCUGAGCAAGGCGGAGCUGGCGAAGAAGAAACGCGAGGAGCGCAGGAAGGAGUUGGAGGCCAAGCGGGCAGAGCGCAAAGCGGCUAAGGGUCCUCUGAAGCUGGGUGCCCGCAAGCUGGACUGAGCAGGAUGGGGUUAAGGGGGAGGAGGCAGGCGAUAUCCCCAUCACUGAGGCAAGAGGAAGGCUGGAAGGGUGGCCCGACAUUCCAUCAUGGCUGUGUUUCCAUAUUACGUACUGGGAUUGAAUCUUGAGAGACAGUGUGGAGAAACAGUGCAAGAAGCUCAGAGGGAACAAGGGUAGUUCACAUUUAAAUCGGGUAACGCUGACUUCCUAAACUAUGCUCCCCAAGAAAGGUCAGAGAAUCGACAUGCUGAAUGCAUGCUCAUUGGCUUCCUUUCACGUGCAGUUAGUGUAGUGGAAACAUUGCCACUGGUAAAGACAGAGGGGGACAAAAGGAGGAAUACUUUGGCCCUGAACUCCUUGUUCAGACACAGAGGGAGAAAACCUCAACACCAGUUUCUCUAACAUCAAAUGGUGGCCAAAAAAGGAGCGGCACACAACCUUGAAGUAUAUCCUGAAAAGGAAUCCUGCAUUAGCUACACUUUCAUUUUCUGUUGUUUUUUAUACAUUCAUAUUAUGGUUGUACAUAGCCAUGUCUGUCUGAGAGAAACAAAAUGAGGAAAAAGAUAUCUAUAGCUAUAUAUUGUGUAUGCUAAAUGUAUAUUUGGGUGCAUAUACACUCAGAGGGCCAUGCAUACUUGAGGAGAGUGGCCUUAACUCAGCAGUCACGGGUCGCACCACUUGCUGUUUGGCAGAGGUGAUGCCCUGGUGGUACUGUGCGAUUUGGACUGGGACAGUGGGGGUGUUCAGGGGGACACAUGGGUAAUUGUUCUGUGUGCAUGAAUGAGGUGAUAUGUACGUCACUUAGCAACAGGUGCCAGAUUAUGUCUGUGUGGAUAAAGCUGGUACCCAUUACAAGACAGUUGUGUAUGUGACAGUUGUGUGGUUUACAGUAUAGAUGUAAACGUAAUUAUUAACUGAUGUACAGGUGCAGUUGAUGGGUGAAUGAGCCAAACCCAGACAGAAACUGGUACUGAAAUAUUGGGAAUGUGCCUUUUCAGUCAUACUUUUUUGUUUGCUAAGUCGUAUGACAGUUGGCUUUAGGGUGUGGGGAGAGGGCAGGAUUUUUGUUUUUGUUUUUAAGCAGAGAAUGUAGAGUAGAAAUCGGAUGGGAUUUGUUGGGGGGGAUGGGGUCAGGGACAGAGCAGUGUUUUAGAACAUUGUUUUAAAGAAGAAAUACAAAUAAUAUUAUGCACAUGUGUAAAUACAAAAUAUAGAUACACAAAAUAUAUUACACAACCCAGAAUGCCUGUCCCAUUAUUCAGUAGAGUGCCAUGUCAUCUUUAUUCCAUUCUGGUCAGGAGACAGUGUUCUUAUAAUGUUAAUGCAAUGUGUCUACACUCACCUGUCAGCUCAGCUAAGGAGAUUCCAACAGACGUACCAACCCACAUUCAUAUAAAUGGCAAUGAUGACUUGCUGACAUCAAAGAGUUCUGAGUUAUGAGUUAACACAGUAAAAAAAAAAUUGUCCAAGGUUUUUGCCUUAGCCAUUAUUCAAUGCUUUACACUGCAGGUAACUUUUUUUUAAAAGCUUAGUUUUGCCUGUCUGGUUUCAGUUAGUGCCCAAGAAUUGCCCAAAAACAGUUUGUAACAAAAACAUAUAAGCCAAACGGAGCAUUAUAGUUUGGGUGAAAAUCUGAAAUCAUAUGUAUACUUCAAAGUCCACCAGGCCACUGGUCAAAAAUAUGUAACCAUUUCUUGUUCUUGAAAUAGAUAGUGCUGCAGUGCAUCACAAAAUAUGACAUGAACACUGCCUGGCCAAAAAAAAAUUGCACACACUAAUAUUUUGUUGGACUGUCUUUAGCUUUGAUUAUGGCGCGCAUUUGCCAUGGCAUUGUUUCGACAACCUUAUGUAAUGUCACAACAUUUAUUUCCAGAGUUGCGUUAAUUUUUGGCCAAGAUCUUAUAUUGACGACAGGAGAGUCAAACUACUCCGUAAAGUCUUCUCCAGUUCAUCCCAAAGACUUUAAGUGGCGUUAAGGUCAAGACUCUGUGGUGGCCAAUUCAUGUGUGAAAAUGAUUCCUCCUGCUUCCUGAACUACUCUUUCACAAUUUGAGCCUGAUGAAUCUGGCUGGCAUUGUCGUCCUGGAAUAUGCCCAAGCCAUCAGGGAAGAAAAAAAUCCACUGAUGGGAUAACCUGGUCAUUCAGUACAUUCAGGUACUCAGCUGACUUCAUUUUAUUGCCACAUAAUGUUGCUGUGCCUAGACUUGACCAAUUGAAGCUACCCCAGAUCAUUUGCUUAUUUAAAUCCAAACGGCGACUUUUUUGGCUAGGCAGUGUAUUUAUUUAAUUGAGAACGGUUAGUGGUUGAGAAGUUGUCAGUGGUAAAGAAAACGGCUAUAAACCAUUUUGAUUACCUUCUUACUGUCUAGGAAAAAUAACAGCAUUUAUACUGUAAAAUUAAGAGAUUAGAAUUAGGGUUACUUUAAUGGAUUAGUAUUUUUCUUAAAGUCUUCUGUCAUUGUAGCAGCUAGAGCUCCCCGAUCCAGAUGGUGGAGCUAUGUUCCAUGUUUUUGGUCAAUCCAGCGCUUUACUGACAUAACUAGACCAAAUGCAGGUCACUAUGUAAAAUAAUCCCAAUUAUUUUAAUCUUCAGAAAGCCGCAGGAUAUUACCGAGAAUGUGGUUCGGCAGGUAUAGGGUUCUACAAUACAGUAAUAUAUUGAAUGUGCAAGUGACACCUCAAAUGUUAACACCCCCAAGGAAGAUUGUGGACACACAGAAUGGUGUGCCUUCUCAUACCCGGAGAUUGCCAGAUACAUUCCACAAGCAAGCCACCACCCACACCCACACCCACACACACACACACACACAGUUAAACCUUUGUCUUAAGGGUGGAUCAGUAUGGCAAAAGAAUAUUUGUUUUCUUGGUGUUCCCCCUAACACAAUGAAAAGGUACAGAUCACACUCCCUGACUUCAGCUUCUCUUGACCAAGAUUGAGUGCUCUACAGGUUUACAAAGCACCAAGUAUCCACCUUUAUAAUGAUAGCUGGUGACACUUCAAAAUGCUUUAUGUUAUUGAAGUUUUUGAAAUUUUAAUAAUCCCUUGAUGCUAAUGGCACAUUUUCUGUUGCGAGUUGAGCUGGAGGUUUGCUGAAGCUACAGUUUUCCUUUGAUGUAUGAGUUUAAAAACAUCAAUUUUUCUUGUAUUGCACUAUAAUUUCACAAUUCACACCAAAAGAUGACAACUAAGAAGGAAACCAAUUUCUACUUUCAGUAGACUGCAGUGCUGGUCCUUAGUCACACACAGGUUCACUAUGCAAAUGGUUUCAGAAUCAAAGUCUGAUUGAGUGAAUAAUUGAGUUCAAAUAAAUGUUCAUAUCAACAUUCCAGUUCAUCCAGAAGUUGCUUUCAACUUGGAAUGACCAACACACUCUUUAUU